AUGCUAGCAAGCACAUUGUUCGUAUCCAGAAACUCUUACAUGUAUUGAGGAUAUCAUCUUCUUCGUCGUCUACCUUGGAUCAACCCGGUUGAGCCGCCGAUUCAUCAUCGACUUCCAACUUCACCUAGGAUUUGCGGACUAAAACGUGCCCUCUGUGCUUCUCUCACCUCACCUACCUUUACCCAUCUACACCACCAAUGUACUACUCACCUCCCUUCUACUCACCCACCACCUCUGUACCUACUACAACCCUCCUUCUCAUCUCCAACGCACGCACCCAAUGGCCAUCCUAUCAACAAGCCCUAUCUCUCUCCUCUGGGCCUCAUGGACCACCCCAACCUCGCUCGUCGACGUCGAAACCUACGGCAAACCACAAAUCACCAAGUGGACCAAAGCCGCCGUGAAAUCCCAAUUCGCAUCCAAAGACCUCGCCUCAAUCUGCUGUCCCUACCUCCCCGCUCCCCGCAUCCCAGAAGCCAUUGUCGAAAUUAACAAUGCGCGGAACAACGCCCCAGCUCUUCAAUACUACAUGGCAAAUAACAGGUUCUGGCUCGCACACCGUAUGCUCCUGCAAGCGCAGUUCCAGUCUGCGGUAAGGCUCACCACGGAUGAGUGUUAUUAUUUGCUGGAAGAGGGGGAGGCCGUUGUUGAGGUUAAUGGGAGGCCGUUGACGGACGUGGAGAGGGGGGUUUUGGAUGUUGAGCCAGGGAAGGUGGAUAUGAGUGAGCUGCAGCCGACGGAGAUGAAGAUGCAUGUGGGGGUAGCAAUGAGGAUUCCGCCGUAUACGGUGCAUUGUUUCAAGGUGAAGGAGGAUUCGCUGGUUACGGCAGGGUGUGUUGUGCCGAGGGGGAGGGAGGAGUAGGGGAGAUGAGGGAACGGAUAUUGGAUUUAGAGAAACGAUUUGGACGGUAGACUUGGACGUGGAUAUUUGACUGGGAAAGGCGGAUGAGCAGGAAUAGAAGGCCAGAUGAAGUUGAGAGAAUCAUUGUGGAUGGAUAA